CACACACGCUCUCUCUCUCUCUCACACACACACACACACACACAGUGAUGGAGUCAAGUAGCGGGCGCUUUUCUCUCCUGGCGCCGCACCCGGCGCUCUUCCUCCGGCCGGAUGACAGGACUUACCCGCGGAGCCCGAAAUGCGCGCGCUGCAGGAAUCACGGGGUGGUUUCGGCCCUGAAGGGUCACAAACGCUUCUGCCGUUGGCGCGACUGCGCGUGCGUCAAAUGCGCGUUAAUCGCGGAGAGGCAGCGCGUCAUGGCCGCGCAGGUGGCGCUGCGGAGGCAGCAGGCGCAGGAGGAGCUGCAGAUGAUUUACCCCGCGCCAGGAGCGACCGAGGGCAGCAUGAGCGUCUCCAGAGCAUCGCUGAGCUCCGCUCCCCCUUCCGCGUUUGACGCCUUCAGUCCGGACACUUUCAAAGACGAGAAAAACCUUAACAAGUGCAGCGUUUUCAGCGGGUUGAUGAAUCAGGCUUUGUUCAGCCCGCACACACCUGCGCUGACGCCUCUGUCAGAAAAGAGCGACCCCUUAAACGACAGCGCGUCUCCCGGUUCGGAUCACCAGUCAGAAAACAUUUUGAGUCCGCAGUCUCUGACGUCCUCAGAUCUGGAGUCCGGCAGUGAGUUGGAGAAACCCACAGAAGAAGAGCUGUCCAAAACGACCGGGCGAAACCCCGCCGCCGUUCUGACGAAGAUUUUCCCUCAUGUCAAACGAGACGCUCUUGAGUCGGCGCUGAAGGCCUGUUCGGGAGACGUGGUGAAGGCCAUUGAACUGGUGCUCAGUUCUCAGGACGGCCAGAACUCACACGGAGACGUCGUGCCGCUGUCGGAGAACCUCCCCGUCUCACGGUCGUCCGCCGUCCGCCUCACAGAAGGUCCACUGAGACACUUCGGCUCCAAAUCGGCAUUCUCUCCCCUCCACGCUUCCUCCACGAACUGUUUCGGCGGCGACGGUUUGCUGGGGUUAAACCCUCGCUUCGCGAUCGCUCCGCUGCGACUCACCUAUUCAACACCCAACUUUAUUCCGCCUUAUCUGACGUCUGGAUUUGUGCCGGCGAUGUCCCUGCGGCCCCCAGCAGACUAUCCGUUCCCCGGAGUGCUGCGGGACCUUCCUUACCCCAAAGACACUUUCAACCCCACAGUGUUUUACUCCAGCCUCAGCCACGACAAAUAACACGAACCUCAGUCUCGUUUUGUUAAAUUAAAACGUUAUCAUGAUUCGAGAGGUCAUCGCAGCUCAUGGAAGUAAUUCCAGUUUUAUACACAUAUAGUUUUAUACAGUAUUUUUUUUUUUAAAAUGUUUGUAUAUUUUUAUGUAUAUUUGUUUGCUAAUAAACUUUACAGAAAACUUUGUUUCCUUGAAUGUGGAAAAGGAAGCAACAUCAGCCCCAUUUUAAGUCAAAUCUAUGCGAGGCUUCACCUGUGAACAUGAAUCUGUGGUUCACAGCUGCGAAACCCAAAGGGAUUUUUUUUCUCUUUUUGGACUCCGUGAUCGUAGAUUGAUUAAA